AUGUCCUCCAAGUUAUUCUCCCGAUCGAAUUUCCCUGCAAGAGGGUCCCGAUCGUUUUAUGAAGAGCUACGUUCUGGGGAUGAUGACGAGUACGAUCCCGGCAUCGAUGAAGAGAACCUUGGGCAUCGAUUUGAUGACGAUUUUCAUCCCGAAGGACUUGAUAUUGGCGAUAGCCGCAUGACAAUAGAAAGUGCAGCUCUGGAUCCAAAGGGCAAAGGAAGGGCUAAGACACGAAGGACGCAGGCGCAAAAUUCCGGCGGACCGUCGCCGCGAUGGCACCAACAGGACGACGACGGUGACAACGAGGUGCCAGCAUCGUUACUCAUGGAGCCAAACGAAGCAGUCAACUUGCCCCCAACGUCGCCCAGACGAGCAGCCCCAUCCAACAAUCCUCAAGGUCCAGAAGCUGCAGGCCCAUCAUCAGCACGGAUUCCACACAGCAAGUCCCUGCAUGAGGUUGUAGUUCCCCAAUGCACGCGCAAAAUGUCGGGUCUCUGGAACCUGGCUAUUUGGCUUUACACCUUCUUCUUCAUCUGGAAAUGUGUACAAUACUUUGUGGAAAUUCGCCGUCUCCUCUACAUCAGGGACUUCUACAUUUACUUGCUGGAUAUCCCAGAACAAGACAUGCAAACUGUUUCGUGGCAGGAUAUUGUGGCUCGUAUCAUGGCGCUGCGUGAACAGAACCCGAAGACUGCAACAAACAUCACACCGAAACUGAGACAGUUCAUUGGCAGCCAGUCGAAAGAACGGCUUGAUGCACACGAUAUUGCUAAUCGACUCAUGCGUAAAGAGAAUUACCUCAUCGCGAUGAUCAAUAAGGAUGUCUUGAACUUGUCUUUGCCAGUUCCCUUUCUUCGUGGCCGCCAGCUAUUUUCAAAGACAAUGGAAUGGUAUCUUCAUUACUGCAUCCUUGAUAUGGCCUUCAACGAAUUGGGCCAAGUUCAGCAGGACUUUUUGCGCCCAGAUCGCAGACGUCUCUUGAGCCAGAAACUGAAGCAGCGGUUGAUGUUCGCGGGGUUCCUCAAUCUUAUCUUUGCGCCUGUUGUGCUUGCAUACGUUGUCAUUGUUUACUUCUUUACUUAUUAUUAUGAGUACACAAAGGACCCCAAGCAAGCUGCAGCGCGCAAGUACACUUCUCUUGCAGAAUGGAAAUUCCGCGAAUUCAACGAACUGCCACAUAUAUUCUACGAAAGGCUGCACAUGUCUUAUCCAUUCGCCACUCGGUAUAUCGAUCAGUUCCCGAAGAGGAUGACUGAAGAUAUUGCACGAACCAUCGCCUUCAUGACAGGUGCAAUUACUGCCAUUCUCGCCGUGGGCUCUAUUCUUGACUCGGAGCUUUUUAUUAACUUCGAGAUCACGAAAGACAGACCAGUCCUGUUCUAUCUCGGAAUUUUUGGUGCCAUUUGGGCUAUCACCCGAGGAAUGGUGUCCGAAGAGACAUUGGUGUUCAAUCCUGAAUAUGCCUUAAUGAAUGUCAUUGAGUACACACACUACAUGCCCGAUCACUGGAAAAACAAGCUUCACAGCUUCGAGGUUAAACAGGAAUUUGCAGAGCUUUACAAGAUGAAAGUGGUCAUCUUUCUCGAGGAGGUAAUGGGCAUAGUCACGACGCCUAUGUUGCUCUUGUUUUCACUGCCUAAAUGCAGUGACCAGAUCGUCGAUUUCUUCCGCGAAUUCACAAUCCACGUUGACGGCCUCGGCUACGUCUGCUCCUUUGCGGUAUUCGACUUUCAGAAAGGACCAGGGAAUACGGGUCAUCAGGGGCAACGACCCGAUGUUCGUGAGGACUACUACUCAACGAAGCACAACAAGAUGGCCGCAUCCUACUUUGGAUUCCUUGACAACUACGUUACAAAUCCCAAGACUGGCAUCCCCGGCCAUACACCGUUUGGGGGAAAACCAGCCUUCCACCCACCUCCAGCUUUCCCAGGACUUGCUUCUCCAUCAUUAGGAGCAGACAUGCAGGGUUCCCACAUUGGUCGGGCGGAAACGGGACGUGCCAGAAGUCGAGCCCCUGGUGGACGAGGACCACGUACGGGACCAAUGCCACAGCCCUCCCCAAUGGCGUCUAUGCUGUUGGAUCAACAUCAUCAACCUGCUGGGGUGAACAUGGGUGCACGUAGUCUUCAUUGGUCAAGGUAUCCGCGAGCACUCCGCGGGGAAAGCCAGAUAACUGAAGAAGCUGAAGAUAGCGCCAUGAGGCGAACUGGGGAAGAUGACGAACUGUACGAGCCAGGGGGAGAACUAGGUGAAUCGACCUGGGAAACGUCCCCCGCGAAAGGGGUGACUCGAGAGAACAGUGCAGCCAAUACAGACGAUCCUGGUGAAGGGGUAUUGGGUAUGAUAUACCAGCUUCAGCAAACGCAGCGGUCCCGGCGCGGUGGGGGCAUGGUCUGA